UGCACAGAUACCGACCUGACCGCGUGUCCACGUUCCUCGAUCAGCCACAAUAGUAGUGGUACACCCAAUCCUUAGUAUAUCGGUGUAAACUCAAACCAAUUGAAAGACGCUCGGAGACCGCGGCCAUUCAAACAAGGGCAGUGAUCGACCUGCGGAAACCACAAGUUCCAAGACAGCGUCUGCACCACAUGCCGUCCGCGCUAUAGAUCCCUAUAGUCGCAGCACUAGUGAUCGGAGAAUGUGCGCCCGACUACCAUACCGGUGGAUCUGCAUGUACUUCCGGGGAUUGAACACAGCGAGAAAGAUCUCAGUAUGAGAGAUCAGGGAAUAGGUCGAGGACAUAACAUGGCGUCGCCUGACAGCUUGUUUUUCCACGGAAGCCUCGUGAGAGCAGUCGAGUCAAUCCCGGCGCCGCAGCUGGAAUUUCAUUUUCGAAUGAGUGCCAACUUGUUGUUGAUUCAUAUAGAUGACAACGUUAAGAGGCCGAUUCCUGCUGCUGCGCAUACAAUCUUAUACUGAGGCGAACCAAAGCGUUGGGGCGGACUGAAGUGAAAACUCAAAACACAAUAAACGACAAUGUCGGAGCUCACCC